UAGGAUACAAUGAUCAUAAUGACAAUAAAGAACAUGGAUUUAUUAAAUUUAAUAAACAAUUGCUUGAUCAACAUAUAAGUCAAUAUAGAAAAAUUAUAGAUCAACGAAAACAAAUUGAACUUGCUACAUUAUCAGGUGAAAUUAUAAGAGAUUUUAUAAAAAUAUUUCAUUUCACACUUUUGGAAGAUUUAGAUGAUCUUGAAAUUUGUUGGAUUCUUAAUGGAUCAGCAAUUGAUUCAGAAUUUAUGGAGGGUCAAUGGGAUUACCACAACAUUGGUAAUUAUGUGGUAGAAAUUUGUAAAUUUCCAUUAAUUAGAUCUUCUAAGAAAAUAUAUUCACUUGCAAAAGUAUUUACUGACAAACUUGAUAAUUCCAAUGCAACAAUUGAAUCCCAUACAACAACAUAUGAAGUUAUAAAGUGGAAGGAAAAUGCUGAAUCAAGAUGGACAACUGAAACAAGAUGGGGAGUUGAAACAGUAACCGAAGCAUAUGGCUGGGGUUAUCCAUCUGGUGAUUGGAGGUAA